AUGACCUCGGCACCAGAACAGGCCCCGGCUCCACCCCGGCCGUACCAGGGCGUCCGUGUGAAGGAGCCAGUGAAGGAACUGCUCCGGAGGAAACGUGGCCAUGCCAGCAGCGGGACGGCUGUCACACCUACGGCGGUGGUGCUGCCCCAUCAGCCCCUGGCUACCUACACCACAGUGGGUCCUCCCUGCCUUGACAUGGAGGUCUCCGCUUCCACAGUGACAGAGGAGGGGGCCCUGUGUGCCGGCUGGCUCUCCCAGCCGGCCCCGGCCACCCUCCAACCCCUGGCCCCGUGGACACCCUACACGGAGUACGUGUCCCACGAAGCUGUCAGCUGUCCCUACUCGGCUGACAUGUACGUGCAGCCCAUGUGCCCGAGCUACACGGUGGUGGGGCCCUCCUCCGUGCUGACCUACGCCUCCCAGCCGCUCAUCACUAAUGUCACGACCAGAGGAGCGGCCGCGCCCACCGUGGGGCCCCAGCUGGAGGGCCCGGAGCACCAGGCGCCCCUCACCUAUUUCCCGUGGCCGCAGCCCCUGUCCACACUGCCCGCCUCCACCCUGCAGUACCAGCCUCCGGCCCCAGCCCUGCCCGGGCCCCAGUUCGUCCAGCUUCCCAUCUCCAUCCCCGAGCCGGUCCUUCAGGACACGGAAGACCCCAGGAGGGCCAUCAAUUCCCUGACCAUCGACAAGCUGCUUUUGGAGGAAGAGGAUGGCGACGCCUACGCGCUCAACCACACGCUCUCGGUGGAAGGCUUUUAG